AUCGUUUUGUAUGAUGUCAUACCGUCGUUAUUUAGCUGAUUAGCCCUGAACCAUGUUUUACCGUUCCACAUGGACACUUUCCUAUUCCACAUUUCAUAAAAACCCGAUUUGCUGACAUGGUGCAUGUUGUUUUUGUUUGUUAAUCCCAAAAAAAGUCAAGAUUAUUCAAAGUUAAACUUCAACAAUUAGCAAUCCUGGUCAAAAAUGGACCAGACAAAGAACUGGGCCUUCUUAGGGGGUGUUGGGGCAGCCGUUUUAGCUGGUAUUUAUGUUCUUUGGGGACCAUCUGACAAGAAGAGAAAAACAAGAAGAUCUGGGUCAGAUAAAUGCGCUGGUCUGGUGAACUUGGGAAACACCUGCUUUCUGAACGCUGUCCUGCAGGGUUUCUCCAGCAGCCCGAGAUUUGUAAACUGGCUGGGCGACUUCAUUGACCAACACAUCAACUCUGAUUACACAGGCUAUCUUGCUUGGACAUUGGCAAAAACCACAAAGGUCGUCAACAAUGAAAGUGUCGAAGAUGAAGACGACCCCUAUUGUCCUGUGGAAGUAAUUGAUUCUUUAAGAUCACGGCAUUGGGUGAUAUCAUCAGAUGAACAGGAUGCGCAUGAGUUGUUCCAUGUCUUUACUCAGACUCUAGAUGAAGAGAUCACAAAAUACCCACCGGUUGUGUCACUCUUAGACGUGUCCACACUCGAUGAGACCACCCAUGCUCAGACUGAAGCCGUCUCCAAGACCCACACAAUGUUACCCAAGUUGCCAUCCAAAGAAAACGACCAUCCAUUCAGAGGGAGAUUAGCCAGCCAGCUGCAGUGUAAAAUAUGUGCUUAUAAGAGUCCUGUCAAGCAUGAUACCUUUGACAGCUUGUCAUUGACCAUUCCAUCAAAGAAUUUCUGGGGAAGCCUAACAUUGGAAGGUUUACUCAGACACUUCAUCUCAUCAGAGACAGUCCAGAAUGUUGAGUGUGAAGGCUGUGCCAAGAGGCAGAAAGAGUUACGUCAAGAGAAGGCAACCAGUACCCCAAAGACAACAUUCACAAAGAAAAUGACAAUUGGGAAGCUGCCAGAGUGUCUAUGUAUGCACAUCCAACGUACUGUCUGGCUGAAUAAUGGUAUGCCAACCAAGAAGUGUGACCACAUUAGUUUCCCCGAGACCCUCCACAUGGAUGAGUAUGUCUAUCGGAGCAGGAAGGAUUCAGUGACUGAUAUUGAUAAUAGCAAAUUAUUAGGAGGAAAAUGGGACACACUGAAUGGCAAGCAGCCUCUCGGAAGACCAAGUAAAUUUGUCAGCAAAUCCAGGCCGAAUGUAACAAAACAAAUGACAAUGCUGCAAGCAUUGAACUACCGGCCGCGUCUGGGAAUGAAUGGUCUACUCGGUCCAACUGCCGCCUACUCUCGUACGAAUGGACAAUGUCCUAUGAUACCUAAUGGCCACGCUGCACAACCUGAGGCACCUUCACCUGCUGUCCAAUCGGCAUCUACCAGUCCAACUCCUGCCAAACAAAAUGCGGCCGAAGUUCCUGCGUUCAGCGCAAGUGCGAACACUGCCAUCCAAGCUGCCAAUCUGUCCAUGCUACUCAACAUGCCAGACUUAAACAAAAGAAGUGACUGCAAAUAUAAACUUACAGCCGUGUUAGUUCAUCAUGGUGAUGCCCUCUCGGGACAUUUUGUGACCUACCGGCGAGCUCUGCCACCAUUGGGACAAAACUUCAGUGACAGAUGGCUCUAUACAUCAGAUACUGAGGUACAUAAAGUACGGCUGAGUGAAGUACUGGAUUCCAAUGCUUAUAUGCUCUUCUAUGAGAAAGUUUGAGAAGUUUGCUGAACAUUGAUGUGAUGCUUUGUAUGUCUUGUACAAUAUUCUUAUUCAUGUGGAGUAUGUUUUGAGAUUCAUGUUUUUUAUCUCCAUUCUUUGUUGUCAUUUCGUUUGUUGCCUAUUUGGCCGAAGGCCUACGAAUAAAAAUUUUUACAAAUUGAAUAUACAUGUCCCCUCCUUUUUUAGUGAUGCUCAAGUAUAUGUGCACAUGAAGGUAACUGGUUUACCACACAAUAUUGUAAAGAUACUUUUCUAUUGUACAUGUACUGGUACAUUGUAACAAGCCAAUGUUUUCCUAUUUGCAAAUGUAACUUUUUCUAGAGACCAUUUGAAGAAUCUGUUCAGUCUGUUACCCACAUGUGGAACUAAAUCAUGUGGACAUUGCGUGAUGCAAGAAUUUGGUGCAGUUGUGACGUAUGGAGCUGCAAAAAAAACAAUCUUCAGUGCAUGUGUUCUGGCUUUAGAUGAUCUAGGUAGCUGUAUGUUUUCUCACUUUCCUGGUCUAUAUAUAUGUAUGAAGUUGUACUUGCUGUCGCCUUAAAUCUUACUGUGCUUCAUUAUGUGCAAGUUCUGUAUAACAAGUAAAUAGAACAACACAGAUGCAUGCAUGUUGUAUUGUCAGUCCUGCAAGUUGACUUGAUACUGCAUCAAUGAGUGUCUAAGAAGACGAGACUUUUCUAGGUUGGCAUUAUUGUACAUGUAGUAUAUACAUGUAACUGUACAUGGUACGCUUUAAAUGGAAAAUGUCCCCUAAAACAACAUGCUUUAUAUGUUGAGAAAAGUUAGUAUGUUAGUAUUCACCUCCAAUUGAACAGAAUACAUGUAGAAAAACGGAAUCUAGUUGCCAUGAACAUCUGAAAAUUUGAACCUACAUCUACAUGUACAUGUAUAAUCAUAUCAACAACACCACCAGUGGUUCAUGUACAUGCAGAUCAGUGGCCAAGCAUUGCAGAAGACCCUGUCUAGCUAUGCAUGUAUGGCAGCUUGAUUUUCUGUAUUUCUAAAUACAAUUCUAAAGUCAUGUGCUCUGAACCAGUAUAUGUAAGCCACAAGAUGAAUAACAUACUGCAUGCUGUUGUUGACCUCUGCUUUUUCCACAUCCACUCAGUAUUAUAACCUAAAAUUCAUUUUCCAAACAUUGUCUAUUUUAGAAGAAGUUGAGAAUUCUGGUAAUCUCAUGCCCAAUAUUACUGUGCUUAUUUUGAAUGCACAAUUUUCUAACAAUGUUUCAUUUUAUUACCGAUCUUUUUUGUCAGAUGACAGUUAAAA